GUAACUUUAGCCGUAAGAGCAUAUCACGCUUUGGGUGGAUUCGUGAAUGAAAUGUUAUCGAGACAUAUUUCACACAUAUGGGAAAAUGAAGUUUUGCGUAAAGGAUUUAUUUUAUAUGUUACUGAAUUUUGCUUAAAGGUACAACCAAAUAAUUUUCGAUUCUUGUUACAAUUACCAAAAGAAAAAAUUUUGGAUAUUUUGAAACAACGGGAUCAAACAUUAUCAAAAGCUUUAAAGAAAUAUAUAGAAAAUUUAAAACCUGAACAAAAAAGAACAAUUCCUCAAUUUUUAUUUGAAUUAUUUGAAAUUGGUGCUUAG